GAAAGAGUCGGGUCAGUCGGGAGAUAAAGACCGAGAGUAGUGGAGAACUUUCGGGUUCCUGGUAGACUGACCAUUCUUGCGCAUGCCCGUGGCCGGGGCCGUCGCGGGCGUGGUAGCUGGGGUUUCGGUGGCAGAUGACAUGAUGCAGAAUAUACCCUGGCUGAUGCAAUAACUUGACAGGACCCAAAAGACCCAAGAACGACAGGAUAAGGGGUCGAGGGGAUCGAGAGCUGAGGGCCAGAGAGGAAAUCCGAUCGCAAAUCUCGUGGACCGGCGCGCGGGCGAAAAUUUCACCGGGAGAUUAUCUGAUCGAUAAAAUGUCUUGGCGCUGGGCGCUAACAUUUUCUGCACUCGGGCAGCCACUCUCCAGGCUCCUCUUGCCCUCGCUCGCUCCACUCUUCCUAGGCACUUCUCCUCUUCUUACGCCAUCCAGCCCGGCUUCUAGCCGUUACCUCUGUCAAAGGAGCCGAUUCCACCCUAAAAUCCCUGGUUUUCGCACUGCAGGCGGGGCUUGGCUACAGCAAAUCGCUCGUUUUCACCGCCCCUCCCCCCACCUCAACUCCGAGACCGACUCGGACAAAUCGCUCCCUUAAAAUCUCCCUCGACACGCCCACAUACCCUCUCUGACUUCUUUCUUGCGAAUCAUGCCCCUGCGAUAACCCGUCUGUACGUGUCCGAGUGAUUGUGGGAAGCCUUGAUGGCGGCAGCCGAGCAUGCGAUCACGAUCAGCGAUGAGUCAGUGGCAAUGGAGCUGCCAACUCUUCCGCCCAACCAGGGCCUCGAGGCGAUGAAAGAUAUUGUCUUUGGAUCGGCGGCUGGAAUGGCAGGAAAACUCAUCGAAUAUCCCUUCGACACGGUCAAAGUCCGACUCCAAUCCCAACCUGAACACCUCCCUCUUCGAUAUUCCGGACCGGUGGACUGCUUUAAACAAUCUUUCCAGGUAGAUGGACUCCGGGGCCUAUAUCGGGGCAUUAGUGCCCCUAUGUUCGGGGCCGCAGUGGAAACCAGCUGUCUGUUCUUCAGCUAUCGCGUCAUUCAGGACAUGCUGCGGGCUACCGUCUUUCCCGGCGUGGAGCAGCUGCCCUUUACAGCUCUCCUUGCCAGCGGAGCUUUGUCGGGCUCCGUCACCUCCCUAGCUCUCACACCCAUUGAGCUUAUCAAAUGCAAGAUACAGGUCCCUGUCGAGUCCGCAGGGCACAAGCCCGUGGGACCACUUGCCAUGGUCGCACGAGUGUUCCGCCAAGAAGGCCUUUUAGGAUUCUGGCGCGGUCAGCUCGGCACCUUGAUCCGAGAGACCGGUGGUAGCGCCGCCUGGUUUGGCGGCUACGAGGGUGUCUCCUCCCUGUUGCGCAGCUACUCCCAGCCUGGUGCCCCGGAGUCAGAGGCUCUCCCACUCUACCAACAAAUGAUUGCCGGAGCCUCGGCGGGUAUGAGCUAUAAUACUUUUUUCUACCCGGCAGACACCAUCAAGUCGCGCAUGCAAACGGCCGACAUCUCGACUCUUGCCAAGGGAGAACGACAGACAUUUAUCGGUGUCGGGCGUGCAUUAUGGAGACAGCAAGGUCUGAAGGGCAUGUACCGCGGGUGCGGGAUCACCUGUUUGCGCUCGGCGCCCAGUUCAGCCUUUAUUUUCUCCGUUUAUGAAGGAUUACGAUCGUACUUUGGAUGAGCUGCGUUAGAGCACCUCUUUGCAUAUAGAUUAUUGACCUUUGGGUCGGUUGAUGUUGGAUCUGGAUGCACAUAAUUAUCUAUCUACCUGUGUUAUCUGUCUCAUUCUGCUUUUAUACCCUAGAUAUCACCCCAAAAAAGAAAUUGUUUC